AUGGAGGCCUUCUACAAGAAGAAGGAAGGGGAAAAGGCGGCGGCGAAGGCGGCGAAGAAGGCGGAUCGCGAGGAGCGGAAGGCGAAGUCGGCGGUGAGGAAGAAGGAGAGGGAGGAGAACGCCGCGAGGAAGGCGGAGGAGAAGAAAAAUAGCACCGUCCCGUCGACGAUCGUCCUCUCCCCCUCCUCCUUCUUCGAGUGGACAUCCACUCCGAAGAAGAAGAAGAAGCAGCCAAGCUCUUCCCCCAGCAAGACCACGCCGGACGCUCCAGCGCCGGCCUCUUCUACACCGCACCCGGAAGCUCUUAUCGUUGAGCCUACGGGAACUACUCCAACACCGCCGCCAAGCCAAGGACCUCCCGCGGCUACUCCCAAACCGCCGCCGGCGGCUCCCAAGAUCACCCAGUUCCUCAAGCCGGGGGCGUCCCGCGGAAAGGCCGUGGACGGCAGCGCAUCAAGCGGCUCGCAGUCUCUAGUGCUGCAUGUCGGGCCUGCCGCUGCUGCGGUCCCAGAAAAACCUUCCGGCCUCCUGGGCCGGAUUGUUGAGCUGAAGCGCGAGGGCAAGGACCUGGGGCAUCUUCUCCCCUAUGCCCAAAAAUGGAACGAUGCGGACAUCUCUGCAUCCACCCGCGGCUUGGGGAAGGACCGCCUUCCAGCGCCAGAUCCUGCUGGGCCCCGGUCCACUGAAGAACACUUCAUGCGCCUCAAGCGUGCCGUGAAGGAGUUUGACAGUGCGUGGUACGACGCCACCAGCAAUGUGGUGAGUACCGCUGAUGCCCGGAAACAGCUCUUUGAGGAGCUCCUCUGGGAGCAUCGAGACCUUGCCGAGGCCCACAGCCACUGCCAAGCUGUUCCGGAAGCUACCAUUGAGACCCUCAAGGCCCAAAUCGCCACUCUCCAAGGCGAAAAGGAGCAGCUCAUCCGGAAGCAUCAGGAGGCCCUGAGCGCCCAGAAAACCAGCUACAAGGAGCUCAAGGAGCAGGCUAUGCAGGCCAGGCUCCAGCAUGAUCAAGAUCUGAAGGACGCCAAGGCCGCAGCCGAGGCCAGGCUAGCGGAGGUCGUGGAGGAUUCCACGAACUCCAACGCGGUGCUGAUGACGGAGCUGGAGGAGGAAAGGAAGGCGCGGAAGGCAGCGGAGCACCAUAUUGAGGUCAUGACCACUGAUCAUAAAGAAUAUGAUCGGCUGGUUAUGCAGAUUGAUGCGCUGGCUCUCCAACACUUCCCGGAUUCCCAGGCACACGCCGUGAAAAAGGUGAUGGAGGAUCGGGUGGCGCGGAAAUUUCCCAACAUGGACGCGCACUAG